AGGCCCCUACCAGAGGCACCCCCCCUACCGGGUCCACGCCCCCCACCCCCCACCCCGCCUCCUCCCAAUUGUGCAUUUUUGCAGCCGGAGGCGGCUCCGAGAUGGGGCUGUGAGCUUUCGCCCCGGGGAGGGGGAAAAGGAGCGAGGAGUGAAGCCAGGGUGAAGGGUUCGAAUUUGGGGGCAGGGGGCGCACCCGCGUCAGCAGGCCCUUCCCGAGGGGCUCGGAACUGUGCCUUUUCACCUACGCCCCUGGUUCGCUUUGCUAAAGGAAAAGGAUAAGAAUAGAAGAGCCCGGGGAGAGGAAGAUAAAGGGGGACCCCCCAAUUGGGGGGGGGGACGAGGACGAGAAGUGAGAGGACCAGAGGGCGGGGGCUGCAGCUUGCAACGGCCCACACCAUGCUGACCCCCGCCGUGCCUGCUGCUGCUGCCCCUGCUCUCCGCGAUGGUCGCCGGGGCCACUAUCGAUGCCCCUAAAACUUGCAGCCCGAAGCAGUUUGCCUGCAGAGACCAAAUCACCUGUAUCUCGAAGGGCUGGCGGUGUGAUGGAGAGAAGGACUGCCCAGACGGCUCUGAUGAGGCCCCUGAGAUCUGUCCCCAAAGUAAAGCCCAGAGAUGUCAACCAAAUGAGCACAAUUGUCUGGGGACCGAACUGUGUGUUCCCAUGUCUCGUCUCUGCAACGGGGUCCAAGACUGUAUGGAUGGUUCGGAUGAGGGCGCUCACUGCCGAGAGCUCCGGGUCAACUGUUCUCGAAUGGGCUGUCAGCACCAUUGUGUCCCCACACCCAGUGGACCCACCUGCUUCUGCAACAGCAGCUUCCAGCUGCAGGCAGACGGCAAGACGUGCAAAGAUUUUGACGAAUGCUCCGUGUAUGGCACCUGCAGCCAGCUUUGUACCAACACGGACGGCUCCUUCACAUGUGGCUGUGUCGAGGGCUACCUGCUCCAGCCGGACAACCGCUCAUGCAAAGCCAAGAAUGAGCCAGUAGAUCGGCCGCCGGUGCUACUGAUCGCCAACUCCCAGAACAUCCUAGCUACAUACCUGAGUGGAGCCCAGGUGUCCACCAUCACACCCACCAGCACCCGACAGACCACGGCCAUGGACUUCAGCUACGCCAAUGAGACCGUGUGCUGGGUGCACGUCGGGGACAGUGCCGCCCAGACACAGCUCAAGUGUGCCCGGAUGCCUGGCCUGAAGGGCUUUGUGGACGAGCAUACCAUCAACAUCUCCCUCAGUCUGCACCACGUGGAACAGAUGGCUAUCGACUGGCUGACGGGAAACUUCUACUUUGUGGAUGACAUUGACGAUAGGAUCUUCGUCUGCAACCGAAACGGGGACACCUGUGUCACCCUGCUGGACCUGGAGCUCUACAAUCCCAAAGGCAUUGCCCUGGACCCUGCCAUGGGGAAGGUAUUCUUCACUGACUAUGGGCAGAUCCCAAAGGUAGAGCGCUGCGACAUGGAUGGGCAGAACCGCACCAAGCUGGUCGACAGCAAGAUUGUAUUCCCGCACGGCAUCACCCUGGACCUUGUCAGCCGCCUCGUCUACUGGGCGGAUGCCUACCUCGACUACAUCGAAGUGGUAGACUAUGAGGGCAAGGGCCGGCAGACCAUCAUCCAAGGCAUCCUGAUUGAGCACCUGUAUGGCUUGACUGUGUUCGAGAACUACCUGUACGCCACCAACUCGGACAACGCCAACACCCAGCAGAAGACCAGUGUGAUCCGAGUGAACCGCUUCAACAGCACUGAGUACCAGGUUGUCACCCGUGUGGACAAGGGUGGCGCCCUGCACAUCUACCACCAGAGACGUCAGCCCCGAGUGCGGAGUCACGCCUGUGAGGAUGACCAGUAUGGGAAGCCAGGUGGCUGCUCCGAUAUCUGUCUGCUGGCCAACAGCCACAAGGCGAGGACCUGCAGGUGCCGGUCUGGCUUCAGCCUGGGAAGUGACGGGAAGUCCUGCAAGAAGCCUGAACAUGAGCUGUUCCUCGUGUAUGGCAAGGGCCGGCCAGGCAUCAUCAGAGGCAUGGACAUGGGGGCCAAGGUCCCGGAUGAGCACAUGAUCCCCAUUGAGAACCUUAUGAAUCCACGGGCUCUGGACUUCCACGCGGAGACUGGCUUCAUCUACUUUGCCGACACCACCAGCUACCUCAUUGGCCGCCAGAAAAUUGAUGGCACUGAGCGGGAGACCAUCCUGAAGGAUGGCAUUCACAACGUCGAGGGCGUAGCUGUGGACUGGAUGGGAGACAAUCUUUAUUGGACCGAUGACGGCCCCAAGAAGACCAUUAGUGUGGCCAGGCUGGAGAAGGCUGCCCAGACCAGAAAGACUCUGAUUGAGGGCAAGAUGACGCACCCCAGGGCCAUUGUGGUAGAUCCACUCAAUGGGUGGAUGUACUGGACAGACUGGGAGGAGGACCCCAAGGACAGCCGGCGAGGGCGGCUGGAGAGGGCGUGGAUGGACGGCUCACACCGCGAUAUCUUUGUCACCUCCAAGACAGUGCUUUGGCCCAAUGGGCUCAGCCUGGAUAUCCCAGCUGGGCGUCUCUACUGGGUCGAUGCCUUCUAUGACCGCAUCGAGACCAUACUGCUCAAUGGCACAGACCGGAAGAUUGUGUACGAAGGUCCCGAACUGAAUCAUGCCUUCGGCCUGUGUCACCAUGGCAACUACCUCUUUUGGACCGAGUAUCGGAGUGGCAGUGUCUACCGCUUGGAACGGGGUGCGGCAGGCACACCUCCCACCGUGACCCUUCUGCGCAGUGAGCGACCUCCCAUCUUCGAGAUCCGAAUGUACGAUGCCCAGCAGCAGCAAGUGGGCACCAACAAGUGCCGGGUGAAUAACGGAGGCUGCAGCAGCCUGUGCCUCGCCACCCCGGGGAGCCGCCAGUGUGCCUGUGCUGAGGACCAGGUGCUGGGUGCAGACGGUGUCACCUGCUUGGCGAACCCAUCCUACGUGCCCCCACCCCAGUGCCAGCCGGGCGAGUUUGCCUGUGCCAACAGCCGCUGCAUCCAGGAGCGCUGGAAGUGUGAUGGGGACAAUGACUGCUUGGACAACAGUGACGAGGCCCCGGCGCUGUGCCACCAACACACCUGCCCCUCGGACCGAUUCAAGUGUGAGAACAACCGGUGCAUCCCCAACCGCUGGCUCUGUGACGGAGAUAACGACUGUGGGAACAGCGAGGAUGAGUCCAAUGCCACCUGCUCAGCUCGCACCUGCCCACCCAACCAGUUCUCCUGUGCCAGCGGCCGCUGCAUCCCCAUCUCUUGGACCUGUGACCUGGACGAUGACUGUGGGGACCGUUCCGAUGAGUCAGCCUCAUGUGCCUAUCCCACCUGCUUCCCCCUGACUCAGUUUACCUGCAACAAUGGCAGAUGUAUCAACAUCAACUGGCGGUGUGACAAUGACAACGACUGUGGGGACAACAGCGACGAGGCCGGCUGCAGCCACUCCUGCUCUAGCACCCAGUUCAAGUGCAACAGCGGACGGUGCAUCCCCGAGCACUGGACCUGUGACGGGGACAACGAUUGCGGGGACUACAGCGACGAGACGCACGCCAACUGUACCAACCAGGCCACAAGACCUCCUGGUGGCUGCCAUACCGAUGAGUUCCAGUGCCGGCUGGACGGGCUGUGCAUCCCCCUGCGGUGGCGCUGUGACGGAGACACGGACUGCAUGGACUCCAGUGACGAGAAGAGCUGUGAAGGGGUGACCCACGUUUGUGACCCAAAUGUCAAGUUUGGCUGCAAGGACUCAGCUCGCUGCAUCAGCAAAGCGUGGGUGUGUGACGGCGACAGCGACUGCGAAGACAACUCGGAUGAGGAGAACUGUGAGGCCCUGGCCUGCAGGCCGCCCUCCCACCCCUGUGCCAACAACACCUCCGUCUGCCUGCCCCCCGACAAGCUGUGUGACGGCAAGGAUGACUGCGGGGAUGGUUCUGACGAGGGCGAGCUCUGUGACCAAUGUUCUCUGAACAACGGUGGCUGUAGUCACAACUGCUCGGUGGCUCCUGGCGAAGGCAUCGUGUGCUCUUGCCCCCUGGGCAUGGAGCUGGGACCUGACAACCACACCUGCCAGAUCCAGAGCUACUGUGCCAAGCACCUCAAAUGCAGCCAGAAGUGUGACCAGAACAAGUUCAGCGUGAAGUGCUCUUGCUACGAGGGCUGGGUCUUGGAGGCCGAUGGCGAGAGCUGCCGCAGUCUGGAUCCCUUCAAACCUUUCAUCAUCUUCUCCAAUCGCCACGAGAUACGGCGCAUCGACCUUCACAAGGGGGACUACAGCGUCUUAGUGCCCGGCCUGCGCAAUACCAUUGCCCUCGACUUCCACCUCAGCCAGAGCGCCCUCUACUGGACCGACGUGGUAGAAGACAAGAUCUACCGUGGGAAGCUGCUGGACAAUGGAGCCCUGACCAGCUUUGAGGUAGUGAUUCAGUAUGGCUUGGCCACACCAGAGGGUCUGGCUGUAGACUGGAUUGCAGGCAACAUCUACUGGGUAGAGAGCAACCUCGACCAGAUCGAGGUGGCCAAGCUGGACGGAACCCUCCGGACUACUCUGCUGGCGGGUGACAUCGAGCACCCAAGGGCAAUUGCCCUGGACCCUCGGGAUGGGAUUCUGUUUUGGACAGACUGGGAUGCCAGCCUGCCACGAAUUGAGGCAGCAUCCAUGAGUGGGGCUGGACGCCGUACCAUCCACCGAGAGACGGGCUCCGGGGGCUGGCCCAACGGGCUCACUGUGGACUAUCUGGAGAAGCGUAUCCUCUGGAUUGAUGCCAGGUCGGAUGCCAUCUACUCAGCCCGGUACGACGGCUCCGGUCACAUGGAGGUGCUUCGGGGACAUGAAUUCCUGUCACACCCAUUUGCGGUGACGCUGUACGGGGGCGAGGUGUACUGGACCGACUGGCGAACAAACACACUGGCCAAGGCCAACAAGUGGACGGGCCACAACGUCACCGUGGUGCAGAGGACCAACACGCAGCCCUUCGACCUGCAGGUGUAUCACCCCUCCCGGCAGCCCAUGGCUCCGAAUCCGUGCGAGGCCAACGGGGGCCGGGGCCCCUGUUCCCACCUCUGCCUCAUCAACUACAACCGGACCGUGUCCUGUGCCUGCCCCCACCUCAUGAAGCUCAAAGACAAUACCACCUGCUACGAGUUUAAGAAGUUCCUGCUGUACGCACGUCAGAUGGAGAUCCGGGGUGUGGACCUGGACGCUCCCUACUACAACUACAUCAUCUCCUUCACGGUGCCCGACAUCGACAACGUCACGGUGCUGGACUACGAUGCCCGCGAGCAGCGGGUUUACUGGUCCGACGUGCGGACACAAGCCAUCAAGCGGGCCUUCAUCAAUGGCACAGGCGUGGAGACGGUCGUCUCUGCAGACUUACCAAAUGCCCAUGGGCUGGCUGUGGACUGGGUGUCCCGAAAUCUGUUCUGGACGAGUUACGACACCAACAAGAAGCAGAUUAACGUGGCCCGGCUGGACGGCUCCUUCAAGAACGCGGUGGUCCAGGGUCUGGAGCAGCCUCAUGGCCUGGUCGUCCACCCGCUUCGUGGCAAGCUCUACUGGACCGACGGUGACAACAUCAGCAUGGCCAACAUGGACGGCAGCAACCGCACUCUGCUCUUCAGUGGCCAGAAGGGCCCUGUGGGGUUGGCCAUUGACUUCCCUGAAAGCAAACUCUACUGGAUCAGCUCUGGGAACCACACCAUCAACCGCUGCAAUCUAGACGGGAGCGGGCUGGAGAUCAUUGACACCAUGCGGAGCCAGCUGGGCAAGGCCACUGCCCUGGCCAUCAUGGGGGACAAGCUGUGGUGGGCAGAUCAGUUGUCGGAGAAGAUGGGCACAUGCAACAAGGCGGAUGGUUCCGGGUCCGUGGUGCUGCGGAAUAGCACCACGCUGGUUAUGCAUAUGAAAGUGUACGACGAGAGCAUCCAGCUGGAGCGCGAGGGCACCAACCCCUGCAGCGUCAACAAUGGAGACUGCUCCCAGCUCUGCCUGCCGACGUCGGAGACCACUCGCUCCUGUAUGUGCACAGCGGGCUACAGCCUCCGGAGUGGACAGCAAGCUUGCGAGGGUGUGGGCUCUUUCCUCCUGUACUCUGUGCACGAGGGGAUCCGGGGGAUCCCACUGGAUCCCAACGACAAGUCAGAUGCCCUGGUCCCUGUAUCGGGAACUUCACUGGCUGUUGGGAUCGACUUCCAUGCUGAAAACGACACUAUUUAUUGGGUGGACAUGGGCCUGAGCACCAUCAGCCGGGCCAAGCGCGACCAGACGUGGCGAGAGGAUGUGGUGACCAAUGGCAUUGGCCGUGUGGAAGGCAUUGCCGUGGACUGGAUUGCAGGCAACAUCUACUGGACAGACCAGGGCUUCGACGUCAUCGAGGUCGCCAGGCUCAAUGGCUCUUUCCGUUACGUGGUCAUUUCCCAGGGUCUAGACAAGCCUCGGGCCAUCACUGUGCACCCGGAGAAGGGGUACUUGUUCUGGACCGAGUGGGGUCACUACCCACGCAUUGAGCGGUCUCGCCUAGAUGGCACAGAGAGAGUGGUGUUAGUGAAUGUCAGUAUCAGCUGGCCCAAUGGCAUCUCGGUGGACUAUCAGGGCGGGAAGCUGUACUGGUGUGAUGCCCGGAUGGACAAGAUCGAGCGCAUCGACCUGGAGACGGGCGAGAACCGUGAGGUGGUCCUGUCCAGCAACAACAUGGACAUGUUCUCGGUGUCCGUGUUUGAGGAUUUCAUCUACUGGAGUGACAGAACUCACGCCAACGGCUCCAUCAAGCGCGGGUGCAAAGACAAUGCCACAGACUCGGUGCCCCUGAGAACGGGCAUCGGGGUGCAGCUUAAAGACAUCAAGGUCUUCAACAGGGACAGGCAGAAAGGUACCAAUGUGUGUGCAGUAGCCAACGGUGGUUGCCAGCAGCUGUGCCUGUACCGGGGUGGCGGACAGCGAGCCUGUGCCUGUGCCCACGGGAUGCUGGCAGAAGAUGGGGCCUCGUGCCGGGAGUAUGCCGGCUACCUGCUCUACUCGGAGCGUACCAUCCUCAAGAGUAUCCACCUGUCGGAUGAGCGCAACCUCAACGCCCCGGUGCAGCCCUUUGAAGACCCCGAGCACAUGAAGAACGUCAUUGCCCUGGCUUUUGACUACCGAGCGGGCACCUCCCCGGGGACCCCUAACCGCAUCUUCUUCAGUGACAUCCACUUCGGGAACAUCCAGCAGAUCAACGACGACGGUUCCAGGAGGACCACCAUCGUGGAGAAUGUUGGCUCUGUGGAAGGCCUGGCCUAUCACCGCGGCUGGGACACGCUGUACUGGACUAGCUACACGACAUCCACCAUCACCCGCCACACCGUGGACCAGACGCGCCCGGGGGCCUUCGAGAGGGAGACAGUCAUCACCAUGUCGGGAGACGACCAUCCAAGGGCAUUUGUGCUGGAUGAGUGCCAGAACCUGAUGUUCUGGACCAACUGGAACGAGCUCCACCCGAGCAUCAUGCGGGCAGCCCUCUCGGGAGCCAAUGUCCUGACCCUCAUUGAGAAGGAUAUCCGCACGCCCAACGGCCUGGCCAUCGACCACCGUGCGGAGAAGCUGUACUUCUCGGACGCCACCUUGGACAAGAUUGAGCGUUGCGAGUACGACGGCUCCCACCGCUAUGUGAUCCUAAAGUCAGAGCCCGUCCACCCCUUUGGGUUGGCGGUGUACGGAGAGCAUAUUUUCUGGACUGACUGGGUCCGGCGGGCAGUGCAGCGGGCCAACAAGUAUGUAGGCAGUGACAUGAAGCUGCUGCGUGUGGACAUCCCCCAGCAGCCCAUGGGCAUCAUCGCGGUGGCCAACGACACCAACAGCUGUGAGCUUUCCCCCUGCCGUAUCAACAAUGGAGGCUGCCAGGAUCUGUGCCUGCUCACCCACCAAGGCCACGUCAACUGUUCCUGUCGAGGGGGCCGGAUCCUCCAGGAGGACUUCACCUGCCGGGCCGUGAACUCGUCCUGUCGGGCACAGGAUGAGUUUGAGUGCGCCAAUGGCGAAUGCAUCAGCUUCAGCCUCACCUGUGACGGUGUCUCCCACUGCAAGGACAAGUCUGACGAGAAGCCUUCCUACUGUAACUCCCGCCGCUGUAAGAAGACUUUCCGCCAGUGUAACAACGGCCGCUGUGUAUCCAACAUGCUGUGGUGCAAUGGGAUGGAUGACUGUGGGGACGGCUCGGACGAGAUUCCCUGCAACAAGACAGCCUGUGGCGUGGGCGAGUUCCGCUGCCGGGAUGGGUCCUGCAUCGGGAACUCCAGUCGCUGCAACCAGUUUGUGGAUUGUGAGGACGCCUCCGAUGAGAUGGACUGCAGUGCCACUGACUGCAGCAGCUACUUCCGCCUGGGUGUGAAAGGCGUGCUCUUCCAGCCUUGUGAGCGGACGUCCCUGUGCUAUGCACCCAGCUGGGUGUGCGAUGGCGCAAAUGACUGUGGAGACUACAGUGACGAGCGGGACUGCCCCGAGGUGACCUGCGCCCCCAACCAGUUCCAGUGUUCCAUCACCAAGCGCUGCAUCCCCCGCGUCUGGGUCUGUGACAGGGACAAUGACUGUGUGGACGGCAGCGAUGAGCCCGCCAACUGCACCCAGAUGACCUGCGGGGUAGAUGAGUUCCGCUGCAAGGACUCGGGCCGCUGCAUCCCAGCACGCUGGAAGUGUGAUGGCGAGGACGACUGUGGCGAUGGCUCCGAUGAGCCCAAGGAGGAGUGUGACGAGCGCACCUGCGAGCCGUACCAGUUCCGCUGCAAGAACAACCGCUGUGUGCCAGGCCGCUGGCAGUGUGACUAUGACAACGACUGUGGGGACAACUCGGACGAGGAGAGCUGCACCCCUCGGCCCUGCUCCGAGAGCGAGUUUUCCUGUGCCAACGGCCGCUGCAUCGCUGGGCGCUGGAAGUGUGGGGAUCAUGACUGUGCCGACGGCUCAGACGAGAAAGACUGCACGCCCCGCUGUGACAUGGACCAGUUCCAGUGCAAGAGUGGCCACUGCAUCCCCCUGCGCUGGCGCUGUGAUGCGGAUGCUGACUGCAUGGAUGGCAGUGACGAGGAAGCCUGCGGCACCGGGGUGAGGACCUGCCCCUUGGAUGAAUUUCAAUGUAACAACACCUUGUGCAAGCCCCUGGCCUGGAAGUGUGACGGUGAGGACGACUGUGGAGAUAACUCGGAUGAGAACCCUGAGGAAUGCGCCCGGUUCGUGUGUCCUCCCAACCGGCCCUUCCGAUGCAAGAACGACCGCGUCUGCCUGUGGAUUGGGCGCCAGUGUGACGGCAUCGACAAUUGUGGGGAUGGAACCGAUGAGGAGGACUGUGAACCCCCCACGACCCAGAAUCCCCACUGCAAGGAUAAGAAGGAGUUCCUCUGCCGGAACCAGCGCUGUCUGUCUUCCUCGCUGCGCUGUAACAUGUUUGACGACUGCGGCGACGGCUCGGACGAAGAGGACUGCAGCAUCGACCCCAAGCUGACCAGCUGCGCCACCAACGCCAGCAUUUGUGGGGACGAAGCGCGUUGUGUGCGCACGGAGAAAGCUGCCUACUGUGCGUGCCGCUCAGGCUUCCACACCGUGCCGGGCCAGCCAGGAUGCCAGGACAUCAACGAGUGCCUGCGCUUCGGCACCUGCUCACAGCUCUGCAACAACACCAAGGGCGGCCACCUCUGCAGCUGCGCCCGCAACUUCAUGAAGACACACAAUACCUGCAAGGCCGAAGGCUCCGAGUACCAGGUCCUAUACAUUGCCGAUGACAACGAGAUCCGAAGCUUGUUCCCCGGGCACCCCCACUCAGCCUACGAGCAGGCCUUCCAGGGAGACGAGAGCGUCCGGAUAGACGCCAUGGAUGUCCAUGUCAAGGCCGGCCGCGUCUACUGGACUAACUGGCACACGGGCACAAUCUCCUACCGGAGCCUGCCGCCGGCUGCACCUCCUACGACUUCCAACCGCCACCGGAGACAGCUUGACCGGGGCGUCACGCACCUCAAUAUUUCAGGGCUGAAGAUGCCGAGGGGGAUUGCCAUCGACUGGGUGGCCGGGAAUGUGUACUGGACCGACUCUGGCCGAGACGUGAUUGAGGUGGCGCAAAUGAAGGGCGAGAACCGCAAGACACUCAUCUCGGGCAUGAUUGAUGAGCCCCAUGCCAUCGUGGUGGACCCACUGAGGGGUACCAUGUACUGGUCAGACUGGGGGAACCAUCCCAAGAUCGAAACGGCGGCGAUGGAUGGGACCCUUCGAGAGACCCUCGUGCAGGACAACAUUCAGUGGCCCACAGGCUUGGCCGUGGAUUACCACAAUGAACGGCUGUACUGGGCAGAUGCCAAACUUUCAGUCAUCGGCAGCAUCCGCCUCAACGGCACCGACCCCAUCGUGGCUGCCGACAGCAAGCGCGGCCUAAGUCACCCCUUCAGCAUCGAUGUGUUCGAAGACUACAUUUAUGGCGUCACUUACAUCAAUAACCGCGUCUUCAAGAUCCACAAGUUUGGACACAGCCCCUUGAUCAACCUGACGGGGGGCCUGAGCCACGCCUCCGAUGUGGUCCUCUACCAUCAGCACAAGCAGCCAGAAGUGACCAACCCCUGCGACCGGAAGAAGUGUGAGUGGCUGUGUCUGCUGAGCCCCAGCGGGCCUGUCUGUAUCUGUCCCAACGGGAAGAGGCUGGACAACGGCACCUGUGUGCCCGUGCCCUCUCCAACACCCCCUCCAGACGCCCCGCGGCCUGGGACCUGCACCCUACAGUGCCUCAAUGGCGGCAGCUGCUUCCUCAACGCCCGGAGGCAGCCCAAGUGCCGCUGUCAGCCCCGCUACACCGGGGACAAGUGUGAGCUGGACCAGUGCUGGGAGUACUGCCAAAACGGCGGUACCUGUGCGGCUUCCCCGUCUGGCAUGCCCACGUGCCGGUGCCCCACAGGCUUCACGGGCCCCAAAUGCACCCAGCAGGUGUGUGCGGGUUACUGUGCCAACAACAGCACCUGCACCGUCAACCAGGGCAACCAGCCCCAGUGCCGAUGUCUCCCUGGCUUCCUGGGUGACCGUUGCCAGUACCGGCAGUGCUCUGGCUACUGUGAGAACUUUGGCACCUGUCAGAUGGCGGCCAACGGUUCCCGCCAGUGUCGCUGCACGGUCUACUUUGAGGGGUCGAGGUGUGAGGUGAACAAGUGCAGCCGCUGUCUCCAAGGAGCCUGUGUGGUCAACAAACAGACCGGAGACGUCACUUGCAACUGCACGGAUGGCCGGGUAGCCCCCAGUUGUCUGACGUGCGUCGACCACUGUAGCAAUGGUGGUUCCUGUACCAUGAACAGCAAGAUGAUGCCCGAGUGCCAGUGCCCACCCCAUCUGACAGGACCCCGUUGCGAGGACCAGGUCAUCAGUCAACAACAGCCUGGACAUAUGGCCUCCAUCCUGAUCCCUCUCCUGUUGCUCCUGCUGCUGCUUCUGGUGGCCGGAGUGGUGUUCUGGUACAAGCGGCGAGUCCGAGGGGCCAAGGGCUUCCAGCACCAGCGAAUGACCAAUGGGGCCAUGAAUGUGGAAAUUGGGAACCCCACCUACAAGAUGUACGAAGGUGGAGAGCCCGAUGAUGUCGGGGGCCUCCUGGAUGCCGAUUUUGCCCUUGACCCUGACAAGCCUACCAACUUCACCAACCCAGUAUAUGCCACGCUCUACAUGGGGGGUCACGGCAGCCGCCACUCCCUGGCCAGCACGGAUGAGAAGCGAGAACUCCUGGGCCGGGGACCGGAGGACGAGAUAGGGGAUCCCUUGGCAUAGGACCCUGCCCCCAACGGACGUCCCCAGAAAGCCCCUGCCAGACGAGUCCUUCCAUGAGCCCCCUCCCCCAGCCAGCCCUUCCCCGGCCCUGCCGGCUGUACAAAUGUAAAAAUGAAGGAAUUACUUUUUAUAUGUGAGUGAGCAAGCGA